GGCCACCGGGGGUCUCUGGGCCAGGGUCCCGGGGCCUCGGGGCCGGCCCGGGCCGGGGGCGGCAGCGGGGCAGCGCAGCUAUUGCAGAGUAGAAAACCAUGGGAAAUUUUAAAGGCCAUGCCCUCCCUGGAAGCUUUUUCCUUCUUUUUGGCUUGUGGUGGUCAGUGAAGUACCCCCUGAAAUAUGUCUGCCGAAAGAACAAGAGCGCUUGCUACCUGGGCUCCAGGGCAGGACUUCAGCGCCUGGAAUUUGUUGAGGGGAUCAUCAAAGCUGUCUUUGCCCUGAUUGGAAUGGUGGCUGAGCAAUUUGUUCCUGAUGGACCUCACCUGAAGUUGUAUAAUUAUGAGGAAAAGCACUGGGAUCACCUGAUGAACUGGCAGCAUGCCACCAUGUAUCUCUUUUAUGGCAUAUCAGGCUUGGUCGACAUUGUGGCUCACGGUACUAAUGCGUUGCCAGUGGCCAUGGACAGGAUGAUGCUUUCGUUAGCAGUUUUUAUUGAAGGUUUUCUCUUUUGCUACCACCUUCAUGGGAGAGCCAUGCUGGAUAUUCAUGUUCAUCAGUUACUGCUGUUUGCUAUCUUUGGAGCUGCUGUUUGCAUAUUUCUGGAAGUUUUCUUCCGUGGCAGUAUUGUACUCGAGAUGCUCCGAACAAGCCUCUGCAUAUUACAAGGCAGCUGGUUCUGGCAGAUUGGCUUUGUUCUUUAUCCUCCAAACGGGAGCCCAGAGUGGAAUCAAACAGAUCAUACCAAUAUGAUGUUCCUGACCAUGUGCUAUUGCUGGCAUUAUGCUUUUGCUUUUCUUAUACUUGCAGUAAAUUACACAAUUGUCAGCUGGGCAGUUCGGUCAAAGAUUAAGCAGUCCCAGUCCAUGGAAAUGGGAUUACUGAAAACAUCUGAAAGAGAUCAGGAGUCAGAAGAUGAAAUCUAGGAAGAAUUAGUUCCUGUUAGAAUGGUUGGGGUGUAAAGCUUGCUGAGAGGUAUCCGCUGCAUCUCCCUGUGUCGCCCCAUGGUGAAUCUCCCAUAAAUGAUCAGAGGACUGGACAAAUAAGCCCACCAGACACAUCUGCUGGUUGUGGUGCAUCCAUGCCUAGCAAAGAUGCCCCUGAAGAAGCCCAGUCAGGAGGCGAAUGCAGUCUGUGACCAAGAACGGUAGGAUGUGCCAAAAACUUGUUGUGUAAGAGAAGGUGGCAUUCUGUUAUUAGACUUGAAGAAAUGCAAAUAAAAGCAGGUCCUGAAGUCUUAAAGAAAGAGCAGUCUCUUGGAUUUGAUUUUUAAUAUGUAAAGAACAUGCAGAGUGAGCGUUACAGUGUUGUUCUGUGCCUAAUAUUUUCAGUACCACCAAGGACAGAAACAACCCGUUCCAUGCUGGAGUUGAAUGAGUGGAGGGAAUUUUGACAAGUUUACAAAUGCCACUCAGAUCUAGGUAGCUGCUCUCAAGAGAACUUAAAUUAUUGUUAAAUAUUAGUGCCUUUUAAAAACUAAAUGGUAGUGUGUAAUAGACAAGAUAUGCUUGUAUUUUUAUUUAAAUAAAAUCAGUUUAUUCAUCUAA